GUAUGUGAGCACAGCCACUUGUUGAACAUCACCCUGACCAUGCAUCGCCUCCUCAUCUCCUCCAGUGAUCUGCUGGAUAAGCUCACCGAUCUAUAUCCUUCAGCAACCUGACAGAAACACAUUAUUGAUAUCACAGAUACAUUUGUAGGCAUUUUGAGUGGUGUGGAGCCCGUAUUUGGUUGUCAAGAGUGACAGCAAAUCUCCUGCUUGGCUGCUCACACUGCUGGCUCGCCUGCAUAAGAAGUGAGCAACAUGUUCGGAGUUGCUGCUGCUUGCAUUUCUGUGCAAAAAUCUUGGGCCACCACUAACUUUGUUGUUUUUAAUUUCAUUUUUUUUCUCCCUUUUUUUCAACCACAGUCAUUUUGACAUGGGGCCUAGCUAGCCAUUUUGGGGCCCAGGACAAACUUUGGGCCCUCCAGAUCACAUCAUCAUCACAUCACUGACAAAUGUUUUAUUUUCAUUUUCAGAAAAACCACCAGUUGUGAAUCACUGGUAUAAAAAACAUCCAACCUUUUAAAAUAAGCGACUAUUAUGCCACAUGGCUUCCACAAAACAAGGAAAUGGUUACUAAGGGGUAAAAACAACACACAAUGUGGGGAAAGACCAUUAGAAUUGAUUUGUGAAAAAAUAUUAAAUUGACCAUUUGUUCAUGAGGGAUUUCUGGCUGACAGUGGCGAUAAUGAAUUUUAUAAGGUCCCAUUGACCAAAGAAUAAUUAAUAUUUACUUAGUGUAAAAUCUGGGCCUGUUUAUUUGAACACAAUGCUAUUAUUAUGUUGUAUGAAAGGCAACAGGUGGCUGCAUAGGUUAAAUGUACCUUCGGCCGUUGAGAAAAAGAGCAUUGUUCUGCCUGUCACAAUACUGUAUGUAGCUGUCAUGGAUAGUUGAACAAUGGAUUGGAAAUAAUGUAAAUAAAUAUAAAUCAUUUGUUAUUUCUGAACCAAUUUAGUGAAGUUUGAUCAUUUCCAGCAGCACAUCUGAUGAUCUCUCAUGACACACUAAUGUGCCUCCUCCCCUACUAUCAUCCUGUUUGUCAUCCACCAGGAAAUAGCCUGCUAUCUAACCAACAGAUGGGCAAACAAACACAAACAUGCAUUGCAAUUUGCAAUUUAUGCAUUGCUAAAACAACAAAUAUAAUGGACAAGACCUUUGCGCAAUCCUGUAUUCUUGUAUCUUCUCUUUAGCUCCAUUGUGUCAAUUUCUGUCAUUUGCAGCACUUGGAUCCCAUGCAUUAAAAAAACCUUGGUGACCGGAGUGGCGGGCUUUCUGUCUCAGCUUCCAUUCAGGAAACGGUGGUGGCGUCACAAAGCCUCUCAGAGGAGCACACCUUCUUAGCGAGCAGCCUUGGGGUUUCAGUGCCAUGGACAAUGAGCAGCCAGCAGAGUGCCAGAGAAUAUGCUACCUCAUCAGGCAUUGGAUUCAGGAAUUUUGGAUGAUGUUCAGGUUGCACCACAGCUUGUCAGACAGCUUGGACCAGCUCCGGGAGCUGAUCAGUGAGCAGGGACAAGAGCAUCUAUGCUCUCUUCUAGAAACCAAAUGGAUAAACGAACGGGACUGGUCGUGGAAGGCCAGCCAGAAGAUCAAAGCCAACAGCAGUAAAAAGAGGAAGGUCUCCCUUCUCUUUGACCACCUGGAACCCAUUGAACUGGCCGAGCAUCUCACCUUCCUGGAGUUUAAAUCAUUUUGCAGGAUUUCCUUUAUAGACUACCAGAAUUACAUCCGCAACUGCUGCAUGAAGGACAUCCCCGUGAUGGAGCGUUCCAUCGCCCUGUGCAAUGGGGUCUCCCAGUGGGUUCAGCUGAUGGUGCUGAGCAGGCCGACGGCUCAGCUUAGAGCUGAGGUGUUCACCAAGUUCAUCCACGUGGCGCAGGGUUUACAUCUCAUGCACAACUACAACACGCUAAUGGCAGUGGUGGGAGGGCUUUGUCAUAGCUCCAUAUCCAGACUGAAGGACACCACCUCCCAUGUACCCAGUGAUGUCAUCAAGGUGUUAAAUGAAAUGACAGAUCUGCUCUCCUCAUGCAGAAACUUUGAUAACUACAGACAAACAUACAACAAGUGUAUAGGUUUUAAAAUCCCCAUCCUGGGCGUGCACCUUAAAGACCUCAUUUCGGUGAAUGAGGCCAUGCCGGACUAUGUGGAAGACAAUAAAGUGAACGUGCAGAAGCUGCAGGCCCUGUACAGCCAUAUCAACGAGUUGAUGCAGCUCCAGCAGAUCCCUCCCAAGCUGGACGCCAACAAGGACUUGGUCCAUCUCCUGACGCUGUCCUUGGACCUUUACUACACUGAGGAUGAAAUCUACGAACUCUCUUACGCCCGGGAGCCCAAGAAUUGUAAAGCCCCUCCAGCCACCCCUUGUAGACCUCCAUUGGUUGUAGACUGGGUAUCGGGAGUGGCUCCUAAACCUGAUCCUCGAACCAUUAGCAAACAUGUGCAGAGAAUGGUGGACUCCGUGUUUAAGAACUAUGAUCACGAUGAGAACGGCUUCAUUUCUCAAGAAGACUUUGAGAAAAUUGCCGCCAGCUUCCCCUUUUCCUUCUGUGUCAUGGACAAAGACAAAGAGGGACUUGUGAGCAGAGAUGAGAUCACAGCUUAUUUCAUGCGGGCCAGUGUCAUCUGCUCCAAACUCGGCCUGGGCUUUGUUCAUAACUUUCAGGAGACCACUUAUAUGAAGCCCACCUUCUGCGACAACUGCUCUGGAUUUCUGUGGGGCGUCAUCAAGCAAGGCUACAGAUGCAAAGACUGCGGGAUGAACUGCCACAAGCUGUGUAAGGACCAGGUGGCCUUUGAGUGCAAGAAGAACACCAAAUUGAACAACAACGGCAACACCACCGACAGUCCCACGCCCAGCUCCACGCCUGUUACCGCGGGAACCUCGGAGGGUUCAGACGAGUGUCCUUUCCAGUACCCGCUUGAUGACAGCAAUGACUGGAGUCCAGACUCUCCAGUCACCUCACAUUUCAGGCUUAACCGGGUCCACACCGCCACUCAGACCGAGGGUCCGCCGCUGUCCACUGAUGCCACAUGCCCUCACCCGUCUCUGCUGGUGCCCUCGACGACGUGUCCCAGCCCGCUGCCCCAGAGGAAAAAGCGACACUGCGCCAAGUGGGAGAACCGAGUUUCUGUUGUACACAAGUCCCGAGAACCAGAAGAGGAGAACAAAUCCAUCACUGAAGCACUGCAAUCAGACAACGAGAGUCUCCUAAAAGCCAACGAGACACUACACAGGAAGUUGAAGGAGGCCGAGCGGGAAGUGGAGAUGUUAAAGACGCUGCUGAAGAGGCACGCGCUCCAUCCUGUGGAGGAGGACGAAUCCUCCUAGACACAUCAAGUACAUACAGUAUCAUCAGACCAACAUUUAUGUUCUCCAUCCGCAGUACAGUAAAGUUGUAAUACAAACAGUAUAUGAGUGAUGAGACCAAGGCAUUUUUGGAUCGUAUGCUAAACACGGAGUGUGAUGCACACGGCCAGUUAAGGUUUUUGGAGAACCAAUCAGGGUAUUAUUACCACAUUCUGGUUUUAAAUUAAACAUAACAUUGAUUAAAUAAAUUGAUAAGUAUAAAGUUUAAAGAAACAGUGGAACCUCCAAAGUUGAACACAAGCAGCUGUGUGAUGCUGGUUGACUUCCAAGUUGUUCGACGUUCCCAUAGAGAAAAGCGUAAUUAAAGUGUCAUGGAAAAUAGGCAACAUCAAAUUCCUUAAUUAACUACACAGGUAAAAGUUUAAGAUUUCUAACUUUCAUAGUUGUAUAAAGAGAAUUAACCACUGUAAAAUCAAACUAAAAAAAUACUGUAAAAUAAACUACUUAGACUUUGAAGACACUAGAGAGACAGUAAUGGAGAAAGAACAGGAAGGUGUUUGCAGUGUGAUACUGUCACCUAGUGUCGUUUGUCUGAAUUAUUAAAGCCUUCUGAUCUUUAAUCUUUAAAUUAUGAAUUAAUUUUAUUGCUGAUGUUGUACUGACAAGUCCGACCUUUUCCGACUGAAUGUCGCAUUGAGUCGCCAUUCGGAUCCUAUGGUUAUCCCCAAACUUUUAUGGUGGCAAAAAGCAAAACACACUUACUCAGUUAAUCCUUUAGAUCAGUUGUUCUCAACUGUUGUCACCUCGGUACCCGCAUUUCCUACUCUUGCUCAUUUGUGACCCUCUUUAACAGAAGUGACGAACACAUACAGUAUUGUUAAAAAUAGCCUAUGAAAACAUGAAUAUAUUUUUACACAUAACAACACAUGCUUACACCAGUCAAGUCACGAUGUUUCUGCCGCAUGCCUGUCAAAAUGUUAUUUGCCAAAGUAAAAGACAAAUCCAACCUGGGAUGCACGUUUAAUAUUUCACUGUUCCUACGACGGCGACGUAACACGAAUUUGUUCGCAAAAUUUGUAUGAAAAACACCUGUAGGCCAAUCAAAUCAAUCCAAAGAAACAAUAAAUACAGUACUAACUGAGUGUGCCUUCUUGUACCACAUGAAGACAUUGUUUUACACUGUAACAUUGAAAUGUUAUAUUAGAUACGUAAACAGAGGACCCCCUGUAAUUAUAUACUACCUGUGCAUGACCCAAAAAUGUUUUUGCAUCACGACCAACCCCCCAGUAAAGAAAGCUUUAGAUGAUCACUAAUAUUUUGCUUACUGUCACACAUGAUGAUGGUUUGAGGCAUUUUACAAACAUUUGGUUGCACUCCACAUUUUGGUCGUUCAACUUUGGAGAAUCCACUGUACAUUAAAAAAGAAGAUGGCAAGAAACAAAAAUGGUCAGACGCUAUUAAUAUCUAAUUAGUACAUAAUAGUCAUACACUGUAAAUGUAGUAAAGGAACGCUGAGUGCCAUAAUGUAGAGUGAAAAACGAGAUAUUUAUGUUCAAACAGAUUUUGGGAAUAACAUCCUGUGGGGUAUUGUGUGUUUGAGGGGCAGUCAAAACGUAGUGAGCCUUAUUUAAUUUAACUUACUAAUAAUUGAAUUUUUUUUCCCCAAAAAAAUUUUGUUUGUAGUUUAAAUACUUGUUUGAAGGUUUAUUUCCAUCCAUCCAUCCAUUUUCUGAACCGCUUCUCCUCACUAGGGUCGCGGGCGUGCUGGGGCUUAUCCCAGCUAUCAUCGGGCAGGAGGCGGGGUACACCCUGAACUGGUUGCCAGCCAAUCGCAGGGCACACAUAUACAAACAACCAUUCGCACACACAUUCACACCUACGGGCAAUUUAGAGUUUUCAAUUAACCUACCUUGCAUGUUUUUGGAAUGUGGGAGGAAACCGGAGUGCCCGGAGAAAACCCACCCAGGCACGAGGAGAACAUGCAAACUCCACACAGGCGGGGCCGGGGAUUGAACCCGGGUCCUCAGAACUGUGAGGCUGACGCUCUAACCAGUCGUCCACCGUGCCGCCGAAGGUUUAUUUAAAAAGUUUUAUUUAAGUCUGUCCUCCUACUGUCGCCAUGAAAUGAUGUCAUUGUCGGAUGCCCAUCAGAAGCAGAGAGCUGUGAUUGAAUUUCUUGUUUUGGAUCUGGAACCACCACUAAACCAUUUUCUAAAAGUUACAAAAUGUGUACGGGGAAGCUGCAAUAGGCGACAGCACCGUCAAAAAGUGCGUGUCCGGGAGCAAAGGCGAAGUACACGAGCCUGUUCUGAGUGAACUCCGUGACAAGCAAAGAAUCUCCUGAAGUCAUCAGUUCCUUUGGCGAAACAACAAUAACCCAAAACCCAUACUCACCCGCUCUGGCCCCUUCAGAUUAUCACCUUUGUGGACCUUUAAAAGAAGGACUUGGGGUCAGCACUUCUCUGAUGACGAACAAGUAAUGCAAGCUAUAAACAACUGGUUACUAGCGCAGUUUACUGAAUUUGACAAGGUUGGCAUAUUUGCCCUUGUUCAUCGAUGGACAGUCGGUCUUGAGAAAAAAAAGGGGAUUAUAUCAAGUAAUGUAAGAAGUGAUUAAAUCCCACUUUUUGAGCAUUAUUUUUAUGCGUAUAUUGCUUUUCUAUUGCAACAACUAAAGCUAGAGCUAAAUUGGGCUCAUUACUUUUUGACUGUCCCUCAUAUAAUAGUAUAAAAGUAUAUUAAUAAUUGCAGUAGAAUGACCCCUACUUAACUACUUUUAGUGCAUCUUUUUCAUGUUUAUUGUGUGAAACACUACACAGUUCAUACGAACUGUGAAAUUACACGUUUUUUUGUACAUUGGUACUUACUGUUCAGUAUAAUUUCUUCUUAUCUGUGCAUGGCAUAUCGCUACUUUUGUUUUAUUGUUUUAUAGUAAGUGUUGUAAAUGGAAAUUGUGGUGUUUGUGUUUAUUGACAGUGCCAGCCACAAGGAUAGUUAAGUGGCCUACCUGCUCAUCUUCCAUGUCAGUAUUGUGGGCUUUUUGUUAAAAUUAAAUGCUGGGCAUUCAGUAUUAAAAAAAACAUUACUUGUAUUACUCCAUUUCAUCAUUGGGGGGCACUAGAGCCUCAUAAGGGUACCACGAAAUUCUAGGCUGUAUUACCACAUCAGUUCUCGUCUGCUUUCUAAGAAAAUUUAUCGUUUUGCUGAGUAGUUACUUGAAAGGAAAUAUUUUUUCAUACAACUUAAUUUCUCCAAAUGAUACAAGUUUUUUUGUUGUUGUCUUUGGCAUUGUGUUGUAGUCAAAAUGUACUUUGCUACAACAGGUAUUCAUGCCAUAAGCCAUUGAGAGUCAUUGUGUGUACAUUUCUUGCAAUGCUGUGUGAAGAAUUGCCUCUGAGGUGUGCAUACCAGCGCCUCCCUAGUCUAUAGCGCCGCUGACCACUCAUUUAGUUCCAAUUGAAUGGGAAAGGGGGAAAAUAACACCGGGCCAAGUCCAGCAGGCUGUAUGCACACCAAUACUGAAUAGUUUCCAAUAUCAAGGUUGGAUGGGGGGAAAGGGUCUUUUAAAAGCAUAUUUAAAAGGCUGUUACUCUAUGCUGCAGGUGGGAAUUUAAUGGUCUCACUGACAAAUCAAUCAGUUGAAAAUCAAUAUGCAACCUACAACCGAGACAAGCCAUUAUGGUGUAGCCAGAAGGACAUAUGUGGGCUAAACGAAACGCUGCAUUAUAAAACAGUCAACAGUCUGCCUAAAUACAGAGGCAGACAGACGAUUUAUCACACAGACAUCAGUGUUCAACGGAACCUCCUGUCUAACACUCCAAAAGGGAAACAAUUUGGAUCCCAACCAAAGCAUUUUCUGGAAAAAAAAAAAAUUAAAUAAUUAUCAUAAUAGCUCACAAAAAAUGAAGUCCAUCAUUAUGGGUGAUCUCAGCAAAUCUUAUGAGACUCCAGCUCCAUGAGAAUAAAAAAGAAUAACAAUUUGGAGUCUGAUCAAAUGUUUUUCUGGGGGGGGGGGGGAAUAUGCCUUAAAAAUCAAUCAAAAGUUCAAGUUCAAACCAUCAUCAUGCAUGAGAUCGGUGAAUGUGAAGCAUAAAAAUGAUUAACUCCUUGCUUUUCCAUGGAUUUCCCCGCUAAAAGGAAAGAGUUCAAUUAGCCAGUGGUGGUUUGCACAAGUGGCAUUCAUUCAAAGUCUGGAUGGAGUCUCAAAGUCUCGAUUUGUCGCUAGUUGAUUUUGGGCAAAAGCAGUUGCGAGAGAGGUUGGAAAAGGAGUAAAAUAUAGCAACAAAGUCACUAAGUUUGCCCGAGUACAGAGACAGAAAAUGAAUUUAUCACAGAGACAUCAGUGUUCAUACGAAUCACCAGUAAAAACACCACCAAAAAAAUGAAAAA